UUUAUUUCGGCUACAAACCACGUGUAUUAUUCUUUUCAUAAUGCAUAAAAACUGUUAUGCGAAUUUGUCAAUGAAAGAGAAUAUUACUUUGUUAUUGUUGGAAUAUAUUAUUUCUUUAUUAUAAUAUUUGUUUUUUUUUUCUUUUUACUCUCUCGUAAGAAGGAUUUAAUCGUGGUAAACUGUAAAAUUAAUACAUACGUAUCAGUAUGUCAAAGUCAGUUUCAUUACCACAAAAAAAACAUUAUAGACAACGUGCUCACUCCAAUCCUAUUGCGGAUCAUUGCUUAGAAUACCCUUUAAAACCAGAGUUAAUGGAUUGGAGUCCUUAUUAUCCUAAAUAUUUUUCUAAAGAUAAUGAUAAUGAGAAUACAGAGGAUACUCCUCAAAAGUGUGUAGAGUUCGCCGAUAUUGGUUGCGGUUAUGGAGGACUGCUCGUUACUUUAUCGCCAAUGUUCCCUAAUAAUUUAAUACUCGGUCUGGAAAUCAGAGUCAAAGUAUUAGAUUAUGUAAAAGAUCGUAUAGAAGCGUUACGAUCUCAAAACCCAGGACAAUAUGAGAACAUAGCUUGCUUAAGGACUAAUGCUAUGAAACAUUUACCCAACUAUUUUUUCAAAGGACAGCUAAAGAAGAUGUUUUUUCUAUAUCCAGACCCACACUUUAAAAAAUCCAAAUAUAAAUGGAGGAUAAUAAGCAAAACCCUUCUGGCUGAAUAUGCGUACGUGCUUGCGGAAGGUGGUAUCGUAUAUACAAUAACCGACGUACAAGAUUUAAAUGAAUGGAUGGUACAUCAUUUCGUAGAACAUCCAUUAUUCGAAAACGUACCUGAAGAACAAUGGGCUGCUGAUCCUAUAGUUAAAAAACUUUAUGAAAGUACGGAAGAAGGUCAAAAAGUUACAAGAAAUAGCGGAAGUAAAUUUUUAGCAAUAUUUAAACGAAUUCGAGAUCCAAUGUUAGAACAACAAAAUGACAAAUGAUGUAUUAUUAUGUAUCUACUUGAAUAAAUAUAAUUUUUUAUUUAUAUUAAAACCUAAA